AUGGUAAGAGACAAUGGUACCACAUUCCAGGGCGCUAGCAACCAGAUAAAUGAAAUCUACCAAUUUUUAAGGGACAGUUCAGACGAAAUUAUGACCUCACUUAGUAACGACGGCAUCAAAUGGAGCUUUUUACCGGUCUACACACCGCACAUGGGCGGGAUAUACGAAGCUGCUGUAAAAAGUUGUAAAUAUUUUCUAAAAAGAGUUUUGGCUGCAGCACUUCUGACUUAUGAAGAAUUUGUAACAGUACUUAUACAGGUGGAAGGAAUUUUAAAUUCACGACCAUUGUGUCCCUUGUCUAAUACAGAUAUUAAUGACUUUUCCGCAUUAACACCAGCUCACUUCUUGAUAGGUAGGGCUAUAACCACCGUUCCCGACUAUGAGUACAAGGAUGUUCCCGCCCACAGGCUCACGCUGUUCCAGCAGCUACAGCAGCUUCAACAGGACUUCUGGCGAAGAUGGUCUCGCGACUAUAUCGGGAUCCUACAACAACGUACCAAGUGGCGGAGCUCGAAGGGCCCAGCUCUCUCCGUGGGCACGAUGGUGGUGGUGAAGGAUGACCGUCUCCCUCCCUGCCAGUGGAAGCUGGGACGAAUCAUACAAACCCAUGACGGACGUGAUAGUGUUGCUAGAGUCGCGACAGUGUUAACUUCCAAAUGCGAAAUAAAAAGAUCAUAUGUUCAUCUAUGUCCACUACCAAUUAAUAUAGAUUAA